UCAAAUGUCAUUUCAGAGUUCAGACAUUAUCGUGCAGACACAGAAACUGUAUAAUCAAAAUAACACGCAAAAGGAGACAUGAAUAUUAUAUAGCUCUUUAUUAGUAGGCGUUAUCGAAUGCAUUUAUAUCCACUCGAAGUUUUCGCACGUGCUGAGGUGGUUAUCGUGUAAUUUGUAGUAUGUUUAUUGUGUUUUGAACUCGACCCCUGUAAUCGAUAUUUGAUUAGUUUUUUAUCAUAUAUAAUUUUCUUUUCCUGUUACGAUAAAAAUGAAUCUCCAGACAAUAUUGAUUUUUAUUGGGCUUUCCUACGCAUAUGGACAAGACAGGAAGAUAACAGCUAAACUAAAUCCAGGUUGCAACAUCUGCUCAUCAAACACAACACUAUUAUAUGUGAAAUGUGAUGGUGCCUCAGAUACGAUACAUCAAAUAUGGGACUUUACGCGACACUUGCCUACAGUGAUUUUUGCUGUAACUAGUUUGAAUUCUACUCUAAAUGUGACAUGGACCGACACACUGCCAAAGAGCAUUGUACUGUCAGAAGAACCUAGCUAUAGUUUUGCUACAGCCAUUGACAAGCUUUAUGAAUAUGAUGACUUGGAUGACAACGGUCACAUCGACCCGAAGUUUCCCCAGAAGGCAUACAAACUUGACAGGAUUCGUUGGCAUUUAAAUGAGAGUAUAUUAUCAGAUAAGGAGGCGAUGAUUCAUGUCUAUGGUAUAUUAAAUGAAGAGAGACGAGGACGACCUGAAAUUAUCAACAUAAAACUCGAUCUAAUUCCCUUCAAAGACUACGCAGCGGAUCUUCCGCACUUGAUCCACACGGCUAACUCCACUCUAGUCGACGUGAGCCUCGUGAACUUGACGACGAGUCGCGAGUACAACGCGUCGCGUUACGCGUUACACUUGCUACUGAUCAGCUCUGAUCCAGCGGUUGAGACCAUGCAUUACACGAUGCGGAAGAGCUUGGAUGAUGAACAUACGCCGGGCGUUUUUGAGAUCAUAGAGAUCAAGAGCCCGUCGCUGUUCGACGAGGGCGAGGGCGGGUACUUGCAGUUCCGGCCCGUCGCCUACUCGGAGGACGCUCGCGGCGUCGCCAGCUCCACCGUCGCGCGCGUCUCCGCCUUCAGUCGGACCGAUCUCCCGCGUCAUAGCACGCUGAAGCUGUUCUACUCUGACAUCGAUCAGGCUGACCUGCUCGUGCAGGACAUGUUCGUGUCGUUCGGCGAGACGGGCGACGGAUACUACAAGCAACACAAUUAUACGGCGUGGUCAUUCACCAUCGGCUACGGAGCUCCACCAGUGGAAGGCUUUUCGUUCUUCGUCAUCAUGAUAAUAUCCAUAGGACUUGGAGUGCCGAUUGUUCUAGCGCUCUCAGGAAUCACGUACGUGCUGUUGAGGCGAUACAGGCACAAUAAUAGCAGAACAAGGUUCACUAACGAGGAUUAAAGCUUAGACUACACGAUCCCAACACGCAGUAUGUUAUCCUCAGUAUAGAUACCAAUUGUUUAUAUGUGUAACGUAUUCUAACGUCGGAUUCAAAUAAUUAUUUAUUGUUAUUCUCAUGUAAUAAUAUAUUUUGAUUCGACUUUAGUUAGGGCGAGUUAAGGUAACAUCGUGCCGAUGGAAUUUCCGACUCAUUCGAUCAAAAUCAAAAUAUUCUACAUUCAAGUAUGCUCAUAAAAGAAUAUUUGAAUCGUCAUGUUACAGUAUUGAAUUAAUUGUAAACUUGUGGUAUGUUCGGUAAGUACGUUUUACCGAGAAGAACCGGCAAAAACACAGGAGUUUCUCUUCGUAUUUGGUGUUCUCCAGUCUAUGGAAACAGUUUUACUAGCUCGUAUUGCCUGGAGAAAAAAGUAAAUAAAACGGUGCUCGAAUCGCUCGGAAAUUCGAUCCGUACAAUCUUACCUCAGCGCUCUAUGUAUUGAUUAUAGGCGGCAUUUCGCUUGGCUUAGGUUAUGUGUGCGUACUAAACAUUUUUUGUAGACGAAUAAAUACAUCAUCCGUAGGAACUAAUUCCAGAAAAUAUUUUCUAUAUUCACUAAAUCGAACUAAGUGGACUGUCGUAGCAAAUAUUUAACUUAAUUGACUAAAUUGAUGUGUAACUAAAAUACAUGUUGACGGAAAUCGAUACAUUUUUUUUUAUUUGUUUGGAAACUGAACGCCAAUACACGAACUCGCUAGGCCAAGUCAUUUGUUGCCAUAUAGACUAUGCAAAUAGAUCUGUUAGUUGAGAUAAAUAAAUGUAUUAAUAUCAAUAUUUAUGAAAACCUUUAGUACCACAAUUUAAAGAUGAAUAAAAGAACUAAUAUUGAA